AUUAUCAUGUGACUACGGCAGCCAUCUUGGAUCUAGUCGAACUUAUGACAAUUUGACUGCCAGUAUAAAGGGGAGGAAUCCAGUUCCAUCCUAGAGAAAAAUAAGCUUACCGUCUUGCAAAGAUGUAUUUUACGGAAGAACUAGAUUAAACCUAUAGUUUGGCAGUGUUAUUUUUUUGGAAGAUCAUCUUGCUUGUCAGCGAAAACAGAAUUUGCUGUGGCCAUUAGAAUUUGUUGCGUCAGUUACGUUUUGGCAUUAUAAGUUUAGUCUUCAAAAUCCUGACAAAUAAUUUCUUUAAAACAAUGCAACCAUUAUGACAUGCAAUUCUAAAAUGUCACCAAAAUCGGACAGGGAGCGCAUGAAAAAAUACAGACAGAGAAUGGAUGAAGAAAAACAACUUGAAGUUAGAAAGAAAAAUGCUGAACAGCAAAAAAAGUCAAGGGCGAAAUGGAGUUCUGGACGGAAGGAAAAAGAAGCAGAGAAAAGCAAACUUAGAAUGAGAGCCAGCAGAAAAAGAGCUAAACAAAUACAGGGAGUGCUGUCAGAUAUGCCAAAUAACAGUGACACUGAAGAGGCAUUUCGCAAUAAACGAUCACUGUCCAGGGCUGUGCACCAUGUACAGAAAUUGCUGCCUAAAUCUCCCAAAAAGAAAACAGCUGUUGUUAAAGUGAUUAGAACAAAGUCAUGUGGACUUCAUGCAUGCCAGUGGACCCAAUACUACUUUUAAUUGGCCUACCACAAUAGACAGAUGCAGCAUACUGCUUGAAGAUGUACUUGGCAAACUAGGAGCAGACUUUUGUCUUGUGCCUGCUGGGACUAGAAACUACCACAUCAGCCCAGACACUGUCCAUUCUAUCAACAAAACUUUCAGCUGUUACAUUGCAUUAAAACAUUAAGCUUAACAUCCAAUGCAUGUGCAGCACACAUUUUGAAUACAUGGUGUGUGUUUUUACCUUUUGGUCAAUUCCUUGUGUUCCUGAUUGAUUAAAAUAAUGUGGAAUACUAAUUGGUUUCAGUAUUACAUCAGUUAUACAUUUCCAGGUGGACAUGUUGCAUCAGCUACAUAUACCUGUUGUGUCAGUUACAUUUUACCAAAGGCAUUACAACAUGUAUUAAACAAUAGUGUUGGAUAUGAAAGCAUGUAUGACAUCCAUACCACAUCAGGUUUCUUUUGAUAUAAAAAUUGUUUGCACAUGUAAAUUUUCUGCACAGGGUUUAUAGCAUAAGUACCACCAAGUAAGGCGUCAUGUCUUUUUCCGUUGUGAAAAAAUCCCAAAUUUUAUUUAAUUUGCUUUAUAGGAAGGACUGUUUUAAUGAAGUUGUGUCUUGCCCCUACCUUCGAAACAGGGGACAACUAAUGAAGGGAAUGUUCUUUAUGUUGCCUGUUCCGUUUCUCUGUUUGUUUCUUUCGUUGUUAAAAAAAAAGUUCGUUUUCUA